UGGAAAUCCUUGACCCAAAGCAGUCGUAUCCAAAGCGCUGUCUCCACACUUUUAAUACACCUGUGGGUCCCGGCUAUCCGGGCUUCCACUUUCGUUCUUCCUUGUUGCUGUAACUUCUCCCCGUACCAGAAUUUUACAACCAGCCUGAAGUUCAGCUCGAGCCUUUUCUCGAUCUCAUUGAUCAGAUUUUCAGCUUAGUUUGAAAUCCAGUAGACCUAAUGGCCCACUCCUCAUUUUGCCAUUCACGGAUCUGAUUUGAAAAUUAACACGCUUUUUAGUUUGAUUUCAUACGUCUGUUCAUCUGUUGUAGAUUUUGUAGAAAUUUUUUUGAUCCUUUAAUUGAUGGCGACGAGGAAUAGGACGAUUUUGUACAGAAGGUAUAGAGAUGCCCUGAAAAGCGUCAGGGUUCCAGCUGGCUCGUCACCAUCGAGCUCCGGCGGCGGGGGAGGUCCCGUGAUCGAGCUAUCGACGUCUUCUUUGCUUAACCCUAACCGAUCAUAUGCUCCUCUAAGUACUGAAGAUCCAGGAACCUCCAGUAUGGGUACAGUUGCAGUAGGUUUACCACCUGCUUGGGUGGAUUUAUCUGAAGAAAUUGCAGCUAACAUACAACUUGUGAGGGGAAAGAUGACGGAGCUGGCAAAGGCCCAUGCUAAGGCUUUGAUGCCCUCGUUUGGAGAUGGUAAAGAAGAUCAACGCCGGAUUGAGGCUCUUACUCAAGAGAUAACUGAUUUAUUAAGAAAAUCAGAGAGGAGAUUGCAAAGACUCUCUGCUGCUGGCCCCUCGGAGGAUUCUAAUAUUAGGAAAAAUGUCCAGGAAACAGUCCACAUAUUUGAAACGUCUUCGGCAGCAAAAAGAGGAAGUAUUUCUUUUGAAGUUACAAUAUCUGAACUGCCUAAAGCUGCCAUCUUGGGGCCUGAUGGUGUGGACUUGGAAAUGAACUUAAAUGGGAACAAGUCUAGAAGGGAUGAAGAUGAUUUGAAUGACAUGGGAUUCAGUGAACAUCAAAUGGCCAAACUAAAGAAAAGUGAGGCAUUCACAGCUGAAAGGGAGCGGGAAAUUCAGCAGGUGGUGGAAUCAGUCAAUGAACUCGCACAAAUUAUGAAGGAUUUAUCAGUUUUGGUGAUUGAUCAGGGUACUAUUGUCGAUAGGAUCGAUUACAAUAUAACAAAUGUUGCAGCCUCAGUUGAAGAUGGCCUGAAACAGCUUCAGAAGGCGGACAAAAGUCAAAAACAAGGUGGGAUGGUUAUGACUCUCUCUCAGCCAUCACUCUCCGGAGGGGACGACAGCACUAGAGCUCCGAUGGCGGACCCAUCGUCAGAAUCCAGGAUCACGAACGACGUGUUCUUGAGCUCAAAGUAUCUGAAGGCCGCGAGGGAGGUUCUUGAUGAGGUGGUUAGUAUUGGUGGAAGGCUCAAACAUCAACAUAACAUGGGCCUGCCUUGGUACUCUUGUUCGUAG